CAUUAGAUGGACGACAUCUAAAGUAGUGUUUUAGAGAAGAACCAUUGAGCACUCAGCACUCAGCAGAAAGCAAAACAAUCGGGCUCGGGAGGAACAUCCGAAGUCAAUGAAGUCUUCAUAGCAAAAAGACACGCUAAACUUUAAUUGUAAGAUAGUUUACGGGAAAUAUUCACUAUGAUUAAGUUGUUUUCUAUGAAAAACCAGAAAAAGGAUGGCAGCGACGCCCCUAAACAAGGAAGCCAGAAGCGAGCCUCCGCGGCCCAGCUGAGGAUCACCAAAGACAUCAAUGAGCUGACCUUACCCAAGACCUGUGACACCGAGUUCCCAGACCCGGAUGACCUUCUCACCUUCAAGCUCAUCAUUUGUCCAGAUGAGGGCUUUUACCGAGGAGGACGUUUUGUCUUCAGCUUCAAGGUUGGCCCAAACUACCCACAUGAACCACCCAAAGUUAAAUGUGAAACUAUGGUGUACCAUCCCAACAUUGACCUUGAGGGAAACGUGUGCCUCAACAUCUUGCGGGAAGACUGGAAGCCAGUUCUCACCAUCAACUCAAUAGUGUAUGGGCUUCAGUAUCUGUUUCUGGAACCCAAUCCCGAGGACCCCCUGAACAAGGAAGCAGCCGAGGUUUUGCAGAAUAAUCGGAGGUUAUUUGAACAGAAUGUGGUCAAGAGUAUGAAGGGUGGCUAUAUUGGCAAUGUAUACUUUGACAGGUGCCUCAAGUGAGGUGGGAAUGUUGCUGCCACAGAGAUCACAAUCUUAAAAACUUUUCUCAGAUUGUACUGUCAAGUUAAUCAAGUAUAUGGCCUUUCCUAUUUUAUUUUCAGUGAUUAGCUUGCAGAGUACCUUCUCGUCUCUUUAGUCAUCACUAUUUAUUUCUUAACUGUAAUUUGAGUUCCAUCAGAGUGAAAUUGGUUUUCUGCUCAAAGUAUUCAUAAACAUCAUUUAUUUCUCACCACAGAUUCAGAUUUUAUAAAUGAGUCAUAAAAUAGGCUGAAAAAUUUUUAAUGUUUCUCUUCCUGAAUAUUUUAAGCAGCAUUAGCUGUGAUCACUCCACAGGAAAUGUGUAGGAGUGCAGCUCAUAGUGAUUUGGUUACAUUGUCCUUUAUGUUGAAUUAGUUGAAUUUAUACCAGUGAAGGAACUUGUCCCAGUUUACCUGCCGUGUACCCCGAGUCCAUUCCAGUGCUCAUGCUGACGCCACUAAGUGGGUGUAGAACAAAGUGUAUAGUGGUAUAGUCACAUAUCACAACCUGAGAGAGUCCAGAGUCAUUCUUCUGUCAAAUUGAAUGUAGUACAGCCUCAAAUUUCUUAAUUUUAUUCAGCAUUACCAAUUCUUAGGUUCACUUGUUGAAAAAUUUAAGUGGGAAGCAGGUGCUUAAUUUUGUUGAUGAAAAUAGUUGUUGAAAAAUUUAAGUGGGAAGCAGGUGCUUAAUUUUGUUGAUGAAAAUAGUUAUGUAAUAUUUGGUUGUUUAAUUAGUUGUGUCUUCAGAGAGGCUGAUCAUGAAACAGGCCAACAUUUUGAAGAAUUGAAAUUAACAGGAACAGUGAAAUAAUCCCACAAUUUUUUUUUUUUUUCCAGAAUUCACUCAGAAUUUCCUUACAGUUUACAGUUUAAUUUUUCUUGCUUAAAUAUACAUUAUGUGUACUAGUGUGAGUCUAUCUUAUCAGACUGAAGUAAGUAAAUGCUCUAUGCAUAAUUUUUUUAAGCUGCAGUACCCUUAAUAGUAAUGGGACUUGUUUUCUGGCACUUCAAGCAGUAUGAAUUUGUUUGUUGUGUCGAUGCAUAUUGCUUUAGUCUGAUAAUUUUUCACGUAGAUCUGGGGUACGCGUUUGUCUUCAUUUGCCUAAUUCUCGUCGUGUGUGAUGUGUUGUCCAGUCCUAUUGGUCUUUAUGGCAGGUGUUGCUCUUCAGAACUCAACCUUCUGGGGCAAAUUAUUUAAUGAUUUUGUUUCCUUCCUCCAUGACUUUAUACACAGUCAAAAGAUGAGUUUCCCUGUGAGAAAGUGAUCAAGAUAAAACUAUUUUGCUUGUGUCCUUGUAGGGAAAACAGUACUACUGUGGCAGGGCCUUUGUUCUGAGGCUUUGUUACUAUAUACACAGUGAAAUUCCUUACAUGAAUGAAUGUACAUAUGCAGCAUUGUACAGAGUUUUUUUAACAUUUCUGUGAAAUUAAUACUUCCUUGAUGUUGAAAAUGUUAUCUGCUAAGUACUCAAUGCUGAAUCCUACAUCACUUCGUGCUAUAUUGCCAACUCAAGAACUGACACACACCUGGGGACGCAAGCUUUUGCAAAGAUGAAUACAAUAAAAGCCAGCAUGAAA